GGAUUUUUAGUGUUGUUUACCUUCUGAGGGAUUUUAGAGGAGCUAAGGCUAACGGCGUUAGCCUAGGUUUUCUGGUUAGCUCUCUGAAGCUAACGGCUAAUCUGUAGUGAAAUGGCGGCCAACACGGCUCAGGCGACCGCUACAACCAACUGGUCCUAUGGCCCUGCUGCAGAUGGCCAUGUUCAUGAAAAUCCAGAAUGGGAAAAAGCACGACAAGCACUUGCGUCAAUCAACAAGACUUCUAAGAAUUCACAAGAUAACAGAAACACGGCCGAGGCAGGCCAGUUUCAGGCAGCAGACUCUGCUGCUCUUCAGCAGCAGCAGUACUAUCCAUGGUACCAGCAAACUCAGCAGCAUUAUCCUGGAUACACAUACCCCUACAACUACUACUACCCCAUGGGACCUUAUGGCGCUCCAUACCCACCAAAUCAGUACGGUGUACCUCAAGGAGCAUAUCCAGGAACUCCAACUUCUAAUGGACAGCCUCCCCCUGUGCCUGGAAUGGAAGACCAGACCCCAAACUACUCCCAACCACAGCCCCCUCCACCCGCCCCCCCCCAGCCUCCCCAGAGCCCAACCACCUCAAAGAAUCCCCCGCCCCCGCCACCCUCACCUAUCCCCCCUCCCCCCAAUUCCCAGUACGCCCCGCCUGCUUCGCAAAACUCUUACAGCACCAACAAUAGCAUGUCAUACCCGCCCAGUGACCCCAACCAAAUGCAAGUGUACAAUCACUCCCAGGGCAGACCAAACUAUGGCCAGAGUUUCCAGGCCCCGAACUCCUACCAGCCUUCUCAGAAUAAUUCCCAGCAGCAACAGCUGCAGAGUCAGUACUCACCUGGGCUGGGCCGCGGAGAGGCCAAUAAAAGCCAAAAACCAGGACAGCAGAUCUGGCACCGCAUGAAACAGGCACCAGGAACGGCACCGGUUAAAUUUAAUAUUUCCAAGAGGCCCUAUCAGGUUCAGUGUUCCCCAGUCUCCAGUCAGGCUUUCCAACCAGGUGAGCAGCCCACCGGGUUAAAUCAGGCUCCUUCCUCACCAGCUACUGCCAGCACUGCUUCCGGCGCGGCCCAGACGAGGCCCCAGGACUGGCCCCAAGCGAUGAAAGAGUAUGUGCAACGCUGUUUCACCGCCUGCGAAACAGAGGAAGACAAGGAUCGUACCGAGAAGGUGUUAAAGGAAGUCCUCCAGGAGCGGCUGAAGGACGGUUCCGCCUACACAAUUGACUGGACCCAUGAGCCAUUACCAGAAUUAAAGGUAAAGCAGUCUCGUUGGGAAGCUGUCCCACCCCAAAGAACAUCAGAUAACUCCAUGAUACGUGGAGGAAGUACAAUGGGGGCUGCUUCCAGGGGCAGAGGAAUUGGCCACAGGUUAGGUAACUACAGGAACAUUUUUUCUCAAAGGAGUCCGUCGUCUAGUUCAUCGCGAUCCUCCUCCCGCUCUCCUUCACCGUCACACGGCCGACACAGAGAUCGAAGCAACCAAAGACACAGGCGCAGUGAUUCUGGCUCCCAGUCAGACAGCAGCAUGUCCAGCGACCUGCAGCCUCAACUGUCAAGACGCGGACAGAAAGGCGGACGCGGUCGCGGUAACGACAGGGACAGGGGACGUGGAGAGAGAGGCAGAGGAAGAGGAGGAAAGGCCAACAGAGGAAGACGGAACAUGGAUGAUUCAAAUGCAACUGUUGGAAAAAAGAGGAAAGGGGGAAGCGCUGGAAUGGAUUUCCAUGACCCAAACAGGGAAGCUAAGAAGCAGAGCAGAGCAGCUCGUUUUCAGAAGCAGCUCCGCUCUGAGCCGCUGGUUCUCUCCAUCAACUCCCUGGAUCUGCCUGAUGGAACCCAGGAGAGCCUCAGCUGGGAGGACUGCCCCAUCGUGGGCUCAUGUCAGGACAUCACCAAGCCCUACCUGAGGCUCACCUGCGCCCCCGACCCUUCCACUGUCCGCCCCGUGCAGGUGCUCAGGAAGUCCCUGCUGGCUGUAAAGGCCCACUGGAAAACUAACCAGGACUACGCUUAUGCAUGUGAGCAGAUGAAGUCCAUACGACAGGACCUCACGGUCCAGGGCAUUCGGACUGACUUCACAGUGGAAGUGUACGAGUGUCACGCACGCAUCGCCCUUGAAAAAGGAGAUCAUGAGGAGUUCAACCAGUGCCAGACUCAGCUGAAGGCCUUGUACAAGGAUAAUCCCUCAGAGAAUAUUGGCGAGUUUACAGCUUAUAGACUGCUGUAUUACAUGUUUACUAAAAACUCUGGAGAUCAGAUCACCGAGCUGGUGUACUUGACUCCGGCUCUGCGGGCGGAUGAGUGUGUGGCUCAUUCUCUUGCGCUCCGUGCCGCCUGGGCGCUGGGGAACUACCAUCGUUUCUUUAAGCUCUACCGGGAAGCGCCACGCAUGGCUUCAUAUCUCAUUGACAAGUUUGUAGAAAGAGAGAGAAAGAUCGCUCUUCGGGCCAUAGUCAAAACAUUCAGACCCGACCUUCCUGUUGAAUAUGUGCAGAAAACUCUGGGCUUUCCGUGUUUAGACUCCUGUAUGGCCUUUUUAACUGGGCUAGGUGUUUCAUUCACCCCCUCCGACCCCAAAAAGAUAGACUGCAAAGCCAGUACAGCCUGCUUGGCUGCUUCUUGAGGGAGGGAUAGAGGGAGGUGGUAGGGUGACCUUGUUGAGGGAGACAGAGGGAUCACCAUAGAUCCUUACUUUCUUUGCAAAGCCCUUCAGAGUGUAGAAGCAGGCAGUAGUAUCCAUAUAGAUACUCACUAGUACACUCACUCUUUACACAUCCAAUCAAGAGAUUACCUUGUCUUAGAAAACAGCAGAUUAAUAAUAAAAGAAGAAGCAAACACACUAAUCGGGUUGAACAACAGAGGGGACAGUUUUAUACGUGGGUUUAGAUCAUCUAAGCAUUCACAUCUAGAUCAGGGACCCUCAUGGAUCCUUUCCCUCUCCCCUCACAGAUUUUAGUGCUAACAGUGUUCUGUUAUGUUUUUCCUUCCUCAAGUCAACAGCUUAAAGACCCGAAGAUCCAAGUCUCAAACGGCUCCCCGUCAAGUCGUUCUCUGCCCUCUGGAGCCUGCAGAACCGCCCCGGUGCGGCUGGUUGCUUGCAAAGACUGUGAGAAGAUGGCGGUUCUUUCUCAGGAAGAAGAGCUGGUGGUUUGUAUGUUCCCGUCCGGGGUCCCGUCCGCCUGUGGCGUCGACCUGAAAGAAAAGGACUGAAUCGCUGCUCCUGAGCUUCUCCUCGGAUGGGUUCUAACACGGCAGCGCUGCAACCAAGUCCCAGUUUGAGGAGCAUUGACUUUAUUUCUCAUGAGCGCUCAUCAAGAUUAAGAAGCGGAUCCGAUCGACCACUGGAUGAGGUUCUGCUUCCCUUGGCGUCAGGUAAAAGGUCCUGCCGGCGUCUGGAAUCCAGCACGUCUCCGUUCUGCCAGACCUCAGCGACGAGGCCUUUCUGCAUCCAUCGGGACGUUUUAGCAGCCGUUGUUCUACAGAAACGCCGCUACGGAGAAUCUGCAUCCUGACAGGGUCCGCCAAGGAGAACCGACUGGUUUGUAUGCUGCUCUGUGUCUGC